CUCAGCCCUAAAUAGAAUUUAAUCCCAAUAAUUCAAUUCCUCUCCUCGUAGAUUUUGAUCCAAUUUCACCUUUUUCAACGCCAAAGUUUCACCCCUUUCGCCAAAAUCCCCGUAUUUACACAGCUAUAUUUGUUUUUACAAAAUCCGAUUCUCCUCAAAUUCCUGUCUCCUCUCUCUCCUUUCCCUUCUCUCUCUAAAAACUGAGGGGUGAAGAACCUACCGCAGCUCCAAAAACCCAUUAUUCACGUACCCCAGCAAUGAUUAUUAUGAUUGUCUGAUUUUGCCCCUUUUCACGUUUUGCAGCAAUCGCCUUCAUUAUUAUCGGUAUUGUUUGAUGAUUCGUGCAAAUUAUUGAGCUUGCUUUGGGAAAAACCCCAGCUUUAUUGUGCCCAUUUGGUUUGAAUCAACAUUCCUGGGCUGCUUCAAUGCAAGCCCUUGAUCUCCCAUGUAACCCAUCUCUUGAAGAUUCAUCCGCCAUGCCGGAGCAUUACUCGCCGAUCCACCACCACUCGCCGGAAAAUUCGGAGAAUCGAAAGUCCGGUGUCGAAAAUAACACCAAGGGCGAGGGUAUUAAGGAGACUAAUGUGAAGUCAGCUAGUGAAAAUAAUGGUAAUAGUAGUGUAGUAGCGAGGAGGGAGAGGCCGUCGAGGGCGUGCACGCAGAGGGCGGCAGCAAGGCUGCAGGCUGCAGCUGAGGCGGAGGCUACGGCGGAGGUGGAGAGGAAGAGGAAAAAGAAGAGGAAGGAGAGGUUAUCGGCGAGGCUGUUGAAGGAGGAUUCGGAGGAGGAGGAUGGUUAUAGGGAAGAGGAGGAGGAGGGCGGAGAGGAGGAGGAGAAUGGGGAGGAAGAAGGCUCUACUUCGUUGGCACAAUUGCCGAGUAGUAGGGCAGUUACACCUCUGGUCGGUGAGCCAGAGGCUUCGCAGCUGCCUCGGUGGAAUAUUCGGUCCAUGUGGCAGUUGGCUUCUAUUCUCAAUUUCUUGAAUGUAUUUAGGCCUCUAUUGAAUGUCAAGGUGGAGUUUUCAGCAGAGGAGUUUGAGACGGCCUUGAUUAAUCCAAAUAAUACGCUGGCUGAGAUACAUAUGCCAUUGUUAAAGGCCAUUCCUCCUAUUACCAGAAUGGCACUUAAUCAUGAUACUUGGAUUACUGUUCUAUGUAGAAAGCUGAGGGAUUGGUGGCACUGGGUUGCUGAAGGAGAUUUGCCGAUAGUUGCAUCACACAGGACCGAAAUUGAGGCAUACAACACACUUGAUCCUGGGAUGCGAGUGGUUAUUCUGAAGGCAUUAUGCGAUAUUCGGGUUGAGCAAGAAGAUAUACGGAACUACAUAGAUGAGUCAUUAAAACAUGGUGUUCAGCUCUCAAUAUUUCGCAAAGAACGCCUAGGGGGCGAUUCUUAUGGAGUCUCAUAUUGGUAUGAAGAUGAUCCCAUCAUUGGCCAUCGACUAUACAGAGAGAUUAGGAAUGUUGAGGUGAAAAAAGGAAGGGGAAGGAAUAUUCCACCUAUUCCUCAUUCAUCAUAUCAAUGGGAAGCAGUUGCCACUAAUUUAGAUGAAUUCCUGAUUGUUUCUGAGAAGCUCUUUUCAAGUAAAAAUAGAACCGAGGUGUCUGUUGGGAAGAAAUUGAAAAAUGUCAUGCUUCCUGAAAUUGAGAAGGUCCACAAGAUGAAGGAGAAACUGUUAAAGAAGCAACAUAGACAAGCACUUAUGCUUGAUAACAUGAUUGGCAUGGAUGGUAUGGCUGCCGGACGCUCUCUCCGUGAUAGAAAACCCGUGACCUAUACUUUUGAUGAUUAUGAUCGAUCAAUAAAUGAAGCUAUAAAGGUCACCAAGGCGAACAAGCAAUCACCCGAACCUUUUGAUGGAAGAGAUCCUCCUGUGAAACAUGAAUUUUCUCGAAAUGGUAGAUUGGAUGGCCCAUCACACCACUCUCAAAACCUCAAUUUCAGCGCUGUUUCUCCCAAAUCUCCUUACGAUGAUGAUGGCGAUGGUGAUGACGAUGAUGGAGAAUUUUAUGAAGAUCACAAAACUGAAACAUUAGACCGAGGUGAUCGCCGGAGGCAAAGGCCUGAACGUUAUUCAGUGAAUGAAUACGUAGAAGCAGUCUCAGAUGCUGAAGCAGAAUUUGACAGUGAUGAUGACAUAGUUGGGGAAGUGGUUUAUGAUGAUGAAUAUCUUAAAAGAAAGAAGCGAAGGAAGAUGUCAAGUAGCUCCGAAGGCGAUGAGGAGUACCACUGGGAUGAAGAAAAUCAUGAAGAGGAGGAAGAGGAGGAGGAAGAUGAUGUAUUAAGUUCCAGUGAGGAUAGUGAUGCGCCACCACGCCGAACCAGAGCAAUGCCCGGCCGAACUAGAAGGGAAACAAAACUGAGAUCAGUUGGUGACCUCCAGCCAGGUCUCAGACGAAGUAAAAGGGCCGCUCGUAUCAAUUAUAGACAAUAUGAGGUGUCUGAAUCUGACAAUGAACAAACAAAACCUGAGAAAUCGAAUGCGCCAGACGAGCCCUCAUACUCAAGUGGUGGUGACGCAGAGUUCUCAACCAGUAUCCAAGAUUCCGAUGAGAAAAUCAGUAACCAGGAGGACAUCCAGGAUAUCCAUGCCGAGCAUCAGCCUACUGAGGAGCAGCAACCAGAGGCGGUUGAGGAAAAGCCACCAAUUCCACCAGAACAAGAGAACCACAAAGAUGAAGAAGUUGAAGGGGUGAGCAAAAGACGUUUUCUUGAUCUUAAUGAACUUGCUCCAGGUUCUGGGUUCGACGAUGGUCCCAACUCAAUGAGAGACGAAGACAGAGAUGACUUCUGAGCAUCCCUUCUACCAAAAGAGAGGAGCAAAAGUUUUACCUUGAUGAGGCUGAUACGUCUGGUUGAUGAUUUUCGUGGCAGUCCAUUCCAUCUGUUAGAGAGUUCUUACUUGCCAAAACUCAAGCGACGUCCCUCUUGCAGUUUAUUUAUCUUUUCCUGCUGGGAGUGUCUUUUUGCUGAGAAGAUGGUGUGUAGAUUAAGUCGGUUCUACAUUAUGUUUUCACUUUUAAGAAAGAAAAGGCACGGAUGAGAAGUUCUGUUGGGAGUUCUUACUCUUCUGAUCGAGACGUUGUACAAUAGCUUAACUAAUAUUUGCAACAAAAGUAUUCGCUUUUUAUUAAA